AUGCCAUCUGCCCGCAAAGCAAUCGGCUCUGCUAAGCGCGCAGAUCCUGCCCGCGCCGGUGCCUCUCGCAGCGCCAGUCCCAGCCAGCAUCCAGCCUCAGCGCUGACAUCGUCGCCUCCAGCGCCUCGCAAGACCCGGACACGGACAGGAUGUCUCAACUGUCGCCGCAAGAAGAGAAAAUGCGACGAGGGCCGUCCGACUUGCGGCGCCUGCGAGCGAGCAGAUCAGACCUGUGAAUGGGGUGUCCGCCUCAGCUUCCGCCAGGAGAAUGCCCAAACCAUCGAUGCGCGACAUCCUUCCAUGGCCCGAGCCCACAAGAGGGCAAGGCCAAGCGAGUAUUCUAUUCUAGAUGUCACUCAGGAAGUCAUUCGCGAUUAUGUCGUCUCACCCGCAGAAGAGCCGCAUGCGCCGAGAUCAUCUCUGAUGCUGCCAUCCCCUAGUGACCAUCCGUCGGUAGAUUCGCGGACAUCUCACGCAAGGUCACCACUACUGCCUGAACCAUCUUCUGCAACGCCAAAUAGCAGGGACAACGCGUCUCCUGUCUCGUCCCGGCAUGUUGAUAGCGCCGUGGCCAGUCUUCUGUACCUCCGCAAGGGUGGACAGCCGCUCGCAUCACCCGAUCAAACGACCUUGCAACUCAACACGUUCUCUCAGGGUUAUAUCCAGACGAUGCAAGUCUUUACACCAGACGGAGCAUCUGUCGAUGAUGGCAUCUUUCUACCCGGAUCUGCCUAUCACGAGUGGCAUUCUACUCUCCGAAAUCACCUUAUCCAAGAAGUCCGCUCCUCUGUGCCCACUCGAGCUGGCACCCCUCAUCACCAUCAUCAUCCCGACUCCACCAAUCCUUCCGUUACAGCCUCGCAAGAUGAUGCUGCCUCGGCAUCCUCCACCGAUCCAUCUUCUCAACAGCGCCUCUCUGCUAUCCCCGAUGGUCUCUCUUCUGCCGAACCAGAAUCCGCGGCUCUUCCUUCGUUAGAAGAAUGUACGCUGUGGCGCAACUGGUUUGACGAAGUAUCGCCAUGGCUGGACAAGUUUGAUAAUCAGCGUCAUUUUCAGCAUAUAAUACCCACAAUGGCUCACCAACACCCUCAUCUUCGCCUGUCCAUUCUCGCACUCUCUGCCCGCCAAAUGGAACUCAAAGGCGAUGCCAUGACUUCCAACCGCAGUUUGUCCUUGUAUCAAGAGGCUAUACAUCAACUCCUUCCUCAUCUUCCAGAGCGCGACACGGCUGUCAUAGCAUCUUGUGUCAUUCUUUGUGUCCUAGAAAUGCUGAGUUGUUCCCCAAAGGCGUGGCAGCGUCAUCUAGACGGCUGUGCCAACCUGAUGGAGGCGGUCGGCAUCAACGGCUUUUCGGGGGGCGUUGAGCAGGCUUUGUUCUGGUGUUUUGCCCGUAUGGAUGUCUGUGGCGGGCUCAUAUCCUCAAUUAAAACGCUCAUACCUAUCUCUCGAUGGGCUUCUGGUGCUGAUUUAGAAGCUGAUUCGCACGCCUUUGUCCAGGUUGCUGACUUUUGUGGAUGGGCCAACUAUUCCGUCUACCUGCUUGCUCAGGUGAUCGACUUGCUCAUGCCUGAUAAUUCAUCUGCAGCACGACAGCGCCCUGACGACGAGAAGAAGUCUCAUCGCGGCCAUCUGCCGUGGACCAAUACAGAGUUCGUGGGCCGAUGGACACAGCUAUGGCACUAUAUAUGCGACUGGCUAGACCGGCGCCCUGCUCCCCUCCUCCCUACCAUGACCAUCCCCUCUAGCGACCCUUCGGCUCCAUUUCCUACCAUCAUUUUUUCCAACCCUGCUGCCAUUUCAAGCAAUCAACUCUAUCACACAGCCUCGCUCCUCAUGUUGCAAAAUCAGCCACCGGCAUGUCGCAACCCCCUACCAAAGCCGCGUAGUAUUCUUUGGCAUGCUCGUCGCGUUUGUGCCAUCAGUAUUUCCAAUGACCACCAUGGGGCAUGGACAAAUGCUAUCCAGCCACUUUGGAUAGCAGGUAGAUGUAUGAGCAAUCCGACUGAACACAAGGCCAUCAUAAAUCUACUAGACAAGAUCGAGAAGGAGUCCGGUUGGGGAACCAAGUGGAGAGCUGAUGACCUGAAGGCGUUUUGGGGAGAUUUAGAAGAAUGA